GGGACAAGAGAGAAAAAUUACUCCCGAGAGCUCAGAAGUCUCGCAAAACCUUUGAAGAAUCAUCAAGCUGUCAAAUAGCCGAUUCUUCAUCAAUCUCAAGCCUAGAAGUUGUCAAAUCCCGAAGAGUCACCAAACUGCCAAAUAGCCGACAUCUUCACCAACUUCAAGAUGAAGAACAAAUCACCACGUGGAAUCGCUCGUGGCCAAAUCUGAUCAACAUCAAGCCUCCACGGCCCUUGGUCAACCUUCGUCUUCAACAAAUCAAAACUUUUAUCAAGUUCUUCAACAAGCUUGUGGAGAAUCAACAAGCACCAAACACACGUGUCGAUUCAUCCGCCAUCAAAGCAGAAGAACGUUCACCACGUGACACCACUUGUGGCCUAAGUCCGAUAAAAACCAAGCCUCUACGGCUCUUGGUCAAUCAACUUCUACAAAUCGUCAACACGACAAGAAGUCCAAACUACAACAAUUCGAUUCAAGAUUAAGUGCUCGUCACCUUUGGAUCAAAUCGACGUUAGAGAUUGAAUCAGAGGAAAUUCUUGUAAAAGAAUACCCACAGAGAUUGUAAUCCGCAAAUUCAUCAAUACAAAUAUUUUAUUUUGUACACGUGUCUUUCUGUUAUUCGUUAUAGGAAUUUUCGUGUUUACAAAAUUAGCACGCCCGGUGGGACCAUCUCUGCCUCUCAUCUACUCCUCCGACAAUCUCGCCAUCUUCAUCACAUGGCUUCAAAGAUGGUGCAAAUCAAAUUGAAAAACAAGAUCAACAAGGUAGCUACUCUGAAAAGCAGUAGAAACCUUAGCGGUCAUGUUGCUCAUAGUGAGUCAUAUCAACUCACAACAUUCGACCUUCAUCCCUCAAAACAGUUUCAGCUGAUCGACGCUUGGACAACAAUGGGGGCAAACACCAUGAAGCAAAGACGUUCAACAUCGUCAGGCAACUCGAGGAAACAUUCUCCUUCGCCCACAACCAAAGUUGAUUCGAAGAUAUGUCCACACUUGGAAUUGCCUCUUGACAAUCAUAUUGAAGCGAUUCUAGAAGACGACUCUUGUGCCAUGCAAAUCAUGGUGAUAGGAGUGAUCAACGUGGAAGAACAAGCGGCCCAAAUAGCUUAGUUGACUGCAGCAGUGAAGAAGCUCCAAAAGACCAUUGAAGAGAAAGAUGUAGAAAUUGCAUCGCUCAUGGAGAAGGUAGAAGUUCACCAUGAUAAUGACUCGGAGAAUAACCUUCAUGGUGAUAGGAAAUACACGUCUGGUGGAUCAUCUUCCGACCAAAAAGGGGAAUCAAAUUCCAUCCUAGCUUCAUUAAUAGUUCAACAGCUUCAAGACAUGAUCGCCAAGACAAUCAAAGCUCAAUAUGGUGGUUCGUCUCGAGAUACACUAACGUAUUCCAAGCCUUACACCAAGCGGCUAGACAAUUUGAGAAUGCCAACUGGUUACCAACCUCUCAAGUUUCAACAAUUUGAUGGCAAAGACUUGGAGCCUGAAUUCAUUGACAGCUGGGAGCAAAUGGAAAAUGAGUUCUUGAACCGCUUCUUCAGCACACGUCGCAUGUUGAGUAUGUUAGAGCUCACCAACACCAAACAACAAAACGGCGAGCCUGCUGUAGAGUUCAUCAAUCGUUGGCGUACACUAAGUCUCGACUGUAAAGACCGACUCUCAGAAUUGUCAGUGGUAGAGAUGUGUGGCAUGCAUUGGGAUUUGUUGUACAUUCUUCAAGGGAUAAAGCCUCGCACCUUUGAAGAACUUGCUACUCAAGCUCAUGACAUGAAACUCAGUUUGGCUAGUCAUGGCCAAAGAAAACGUGACAUCAUGGAACCAGAGAAUCAAGAGUCUUUGGCAAUCAGCACAACUCCUAUAAGGGUCAUGAAACGAGUCAAAUCAAAUAGCCAAAAGAAGUUUCAGUCAACUCAAGAUCAAGCAAGGAGGCAAACUCUAAAAGACUUGGAAGCUAAAAGUUACCCUUUUCCAGAUUCCAAUGUUGCUGAGAUGUUGGAAAACUUGCUUGAAAAAGAACUAAUCAAAUUGCCAGACUGCAAGUGUCCAGAAGAGAUGUAUCGCAUCAAUGAUCCAAAAUACUACAAGUACCACCGUGUCAUCAGUCAACCGGUGGAGAAGUGCUUUGUCUUGAAAGACCUCAUCAUGAAGCUAGCACAACAAGGAAAGAUAUGUUUAGACGUUGAAGAUGACGUGGCUCAGUUAAAUUAUGCUACGAUCUUCUUUGAACACCUCAAAGCGGUGUCCUCAACGCCUUUGCUGGGGGCAUGCAACCUACCUAAAUUCGUCUAGACCACUCAAAUGUCACCACGCUUCUUGUCCGCACGAGCUUAAACUGUGAAUGACCAAAAAAAAAA